CCGUAGCAGAAGACCGAUAAAGACCUGCCAAACUGGGUGGCGGUGUCAUCUCGGCCCAUUUCCCGUCUAAAUAAAUAUCAAGAAAUCUCUUAUUAUUAAACAAUAAGUGGUUUCUUUUUUUUAACAUCAUCAUGUCGACGUCAGCAAUCUUUAUUCUUGACGUCAAGGGAAAGGUGCUGAUCUCGCGCAACUACCGAGGAGAUGUCGAAAUGGGGUUGAUUGACAAAUUCUUGCCUCUUUUAAUGGAAAAAGAGGAAGAGGGUAACUUGACCCCACUGCUUCAGACGUCUGGAUGCACAUUCAUGUACAUACAGCAUCAGAAUCUGUACAUUGUGAGCGUAUCUCGUAACAACGCCAAUGCAGCCAUGGUUUUCUCUUUCCUACACAAAAUUGUCCAAGUGAUGAGCGAGUAUUUCAAAGAAAUUGAAGAGGAGAGCAUCAGAGACAACUUUGUCAUUGUAUUUGAACUUUUGGAUGAAAUGAGUGAUUUUGGCUACCCACAAACUACGGAAAGCAAGAUCCUCCAAGAGUACAUCACUCAAGAAGGGCACAAAUUAGAAACUGCACCAAGACCACCUCCAGCAGUGACGAAUGCGGUUUCCUGGCGGUCAGAAGGUAUCAAGUACCGGAAAAAUGAAGUGUUCCUGGACGUGAUUGAAUCUGUCAAUCUUUUGGCUUCUACUACUGGCAAUGUUUUAAGGAGCGAGAUCGUCGGCUCGAUAAAGAUGAGGGUCUACCUAUCGGGCAUGCCCGAGUUGCGUCUGGGACUCAACGACAAGGUUUUGUUCGAAAGCACUGGCCGUGGCAAAUCAAAAUCCGUCGAAUUGGAGGACGUCAAGUUUCAUCAAUGCGUCCGCCUGUCCAGGUUUGAAAACGACCGAACAAUUUCUUUCAUCCCGCCGGAUGGCGAGUUUGAGUUAAUGUCUUAUCGGUUAAACACUCACGUGAAGCCCCUCAUUUGGAUCGAGUCUGUAAUUGAACGGCAUGCCCAUUCUCGCGUCGAGUACAUGAUCAAAGCCCGGUCUCAAUUCAAGCGCCGGUCCACUGCUAACCACGUUGAAGUCGUUGUUCCCGUUCCAGCGGACGCCGACUCUCCCAAGUUCAAGACAUCCGUCGGAAGCGUCAAAUACGUUCCCGAGCAGAAUGUUCUCAUUUGGAGUAUCAAAUCCUUUCCCGGCGGUAAGGAAUAUCUGAUGCGGGCACACUUUGGGCUGCCCAGCGUCACCAGCGAGGAAACGGAAGGCAAACCUCCUAUCCAGGUCAAGUUUGAGAUCCCAUACUUCACCACUUCGGGCAUUCAGGUUCGUUAUUUGAAGAUUAUUGAGAAGAGCGGUUAUCAAGCCUUGCCUUGGGUUCGUUACAUCACCCAAAACGGUGAUUACCAGUUAAGGACCAACUGAUCACCAGAAAAUUCGUCCAGUCUUCAAAUUUUCUUUGCUUCUUCUCAAACCGGCUCCUUCCUUCUCCUAUUGCUUUUGUCCUGAUAACUUUACACUUGUUGUUUUGAAUAUAUUCCUUAUCCUUAACGAUUCUAUUUCCUCCUCCCAUCUUUUCCGCUUCAGGAAAAUGAAAGAAAUAGGAAAAAGUAAUAAUUAAAAUCUUCUAUUCCAGGUGUGAUUUGUUGGAUUUUUUUCCGUAAUAUCAUUUACUUUAUAUAUUUUCUUUUCGUCUAUCUCCUCCCUUUUUUCUCCCCCACUUUUUUUUUAUAUAGCAGUUGCCUGAUUACAAUCACACUUAAAUACACUGGUCCAAAUCAG